AUGUCAUGUCAGACUAACUUAAUUAGUUUCUUUGAGAAAGUGAGCGAAAAUAAUGAUCAGUGUAAAGCAGUGGAUGUGGUCUAUUUAGAUUUUGCAAAAGCAUUUGACACAGUGCCACACAUCAGACAGAUCUUCAAAUUAAGAGAGCUUGGUUUAGGAAAUGAUAUAUGUACUUGGGUUCCACAAGGCUUGUGUACUGCAGUCUGUCGUCCAGGAACCAGACGGGCCCUGAGGAAAGGAUCCCACACCUGCUGCUAUGACUGUAUCCCAUGCUCAGAGGGGGAGAUAUCCAAUGUGUCUGACAGUGAAAACUGCCAGAAAUGUGCAGAUGAUGAGUGGUCUAAUGAAUAUAAAGAUGAGUGUAUUCCCAGAAUAUUAGUGUUUCUAUCAUACAAGACAGACAUGAUAGCUAUAGGUUUUUCUUCAAUAUCUGUCAUAUUUUUUAUCUUAUCUGUGUUUAUAAUUGGAAUAUUUGUUUCAUUCCGGGACACUCCUUUAGUAAAAGCCAAUAAUAGAAACCUCAGCUUCAUUCUUCUCAUCUCCCUCAAGCUGAGCCUACUCUGUGUGCAUCUGUUCAUCGGUCAUCCAGUGGACAUCACCUGCAUGUUACGCCAAAUAUCAUUUGGAAUACUAUUCACUGUUGCUCUAUCUUCUGUCUUGGCCAAGACUGUCAUGGUUUGCAUUGCUUUCAAAGCAACUAAGCCUGGAAGUUCCUGGAGAAAAUGGCUGGGUGCUAAAUUGCCGUAUUCUGUAGUGUUUAUCUGCUCAUGUGUUCAAGUUCUCACCAGUGCUAUUUGGUUGUCAGUGUCUCCUCCUAAUCAGCAGUAUGACAGGGACUCAUCUCCUGGGAUGAUCAUCAUUCAGUGUAAAGAAGGUUCUGUGCUGGCCUUUUGUUUCAUGUUGGGGUACAUGGGGUUCCUGGCAGCUUUGAGCUUUCUUCUAGCUUUCAUGGUGAGGACAUUACCUGACAUCUAUAAUGAGGCCAAAUUCAUCACCUUCAGCAUGCUGUUGUUCUGCACUGUGUGGAUCUGUGCCAUCCCAGCCUAUCUGAGCAGUAAGGGGAAACACGUGGUCAUUGUAGAGGUGUUUGCUAUAUUGGCUUCAGCUAUUGGAAUACUGAGCUGUAUAUUUUUUCCUAAGUGCUACAAUAUUCUCCUGAGACCUGAAAUAAACAUCAAAUCUCUGGAGAAUACUGGACUGUGUAAGGUGACUUUAACAUCCCUAUUGACAUCUUCACAGAAUCCUCUGCCUCUAAACUCCUUAACCUCCAAUAAUCUCUUGGUCUCUCCAAGUGGACCUCCUCACCCUCUCAUGUUCCUCUGGCAUCCAAUAUUCACCCUUGUAGAUCAACACCUCAACAAUGGAAUUCCAAACAUACCAGAUAUCUUCCAAACAACAGUGGAGAAAAUCAAGCUCAAAGGAGGACUUAUCCAUUUCAAAUUUAUGCUCCCAUCCUACAAUGCUGCCAUUUCCCUCUCUAAGCAGUUGAAUUUCAAGAACCGAAUCUCCACCCUGCGUCUCUUUGCCACAUUUGAAGACAGUGAAGCCUUAACAGUUAGCACGAUGAAGCUUUCACUGCACCAAUUGAAAGAUGAAGAGUCUGAGUUACUUGUCAUGUUGCAGACAUGUCAACAUUCUAUUGAUGACCGGGGGGUGCAAUGGUCAUCUAGAGACUAA